AUGAUGCGGUGGAGAGCGCUCGAAACUGGUCGAAUCUAUGUGCGUCAAAAUCUUGGUGAUGCUCAGAUUUUGGUGCAACAACUGAGAACAAUGGCCAGCAGUGAUGACUGGUCACUAGCCAACCGUGUCAUUCGAUUUGGUCGAACACUACAUGGUACCAGACAGUAUUGGGCGACACAACGAGCCAACUUACGCGUCAUGCAAGAAACUUUAGGAAUGCCCACGGUUUUGUUUACUCUCAGCGCAGCAGACCUACACUGGCCCGAGCUCUAUGAUCUGUUAAAGUAUUACAAGCCUUCAGCAGAUAUGACUAAGAUCAGCGAGAAAAGCAAAGCUAUGUCAGAGAAUCCCCAUCUAACGGACUGGUUUUUUCUCACACGAGCUAAAUCAUUUCUCUCGUACUUUUUUGUUAAUUGCCUUGGCUUUAAAGACUACUGGGCUCGAAUUGAAUACCAACAUCGAGGCAGUCCACAUGUACACGGAAUGGGUUGGAUCAAAGACUCGCCUGACGUAGAAGAUACAAGGCAAGAAGAAGGCUCUAAACAUUGUGAUGAUAACUUACAACAACAUGCUCAAGUUAGUGAGGCUGACGGUCGUGAAAAACGUUUUACUGAAGUUAUACAGUUCUGCGACAAAAUCGUGAGUACAUGGAAUCCUUCUCUGGAUGAGAAUGGUACCGGUAACAAUCCACACCCUCAAGUUAAUCCAGCUAGUUACCGUUAUAGCGACAAGGUAGGACACGAAGCAUCAGACUACGCUGAACUGAUUGUUACAGUUCAACGUCACGCUCAUUGUUCACCAUUUUACUGUCUCUCGAAAACCCAGAAAGGCGAAUGGCAAUGCAGGUUUGGAUUUCCUAAACAGUUGCAAGAUCAAACAACUAUAGUCUUCAAUGAGUAUGGGAACCAGAACUUCUGACGAAACAGAACGACCCAUAUGUAAACAGCCACAAUCCAAUGCAGCUGCAAGGCUGGAGAGCUAACGUGGAUAUGCAAGUGUGUCUAAAUGCUAGACGCGUAGCUGAGUACUGCGCAAAGUAUGCGACCAAGCCCGAGAGCAGGUCGGUACCGAUGCGAGAGGCCUUCUAAGUUGGUUGUUGACAGCGUUAACAAUGAUGUCAAUAUCAAGAAAGUCGUGCAGAAGUUACUCACAAUGUCAGUCGCUGACCACGACUUUUCAGCUCAAGAAGCGUGCCAUCUCUUGACCGGCGAACAGUUAGUUACAUGUUCACGGUCUUUUAUCGUGACCUCUCUCGAUGGUGGAAGAGAAGUAGACCAGGACACUGCACAACAGGAUGAAGGAGAUGUGGCAACCCAUCCAUCGCUGUUAGAUAUGUACAUGAACCGUCCACGUAAUCAACAUUUUGAGGUCAUGUGCUCUAUGGAUUUUGCAGCCGGCUAUCGGAUAACAGUGUUUGAAAUUCCCACUCGUCUACUCGCCAAUGGCUAGUCCUAAUCAAAGUUGGCGAGUAGAAAGUAGCUGUCCACUCGCCAGAGAAGCAGGUAGGCAUGUUGGAAUUGUAGUCAGGAGGUGUUGAGUUACCUAUCCUGUAGGGCUAAUGUGUACAUAAGUAUUGAAAUCUGCAUGUUGGCUGUCAGAAUCAUAUCUAUCUAAAUUGUCCAUUUAUAUUGUGUUGUGGGAAAGGAUAGUUACAUAGAACUGGUGCUGAAACGCAAUCUCAUUUACACUUGUGUGUACAACUAAAAUGCCACCACAAACAGAUGACUGAAAGAAUUCAUUCUUACUAAAAAUUAGUAUGGUAUUGCUGUGAUGGAAGAGUACACAAAGAAUGUGACUGCAAACCUGCAAACCUUCCUUGUGAAACCAGACAUGCCUAGUGAUGUUUUCUGAGUCCGUGUACCACACUCUUGUCAUCUAGGCCUAAAUGCUAUUACCUAUCUGUCUUUGUUAUGAUACGUUCAAAUUCACCUCUAGGUUUAAUUCUUCCAAUGCAAUAUCAUGAUUAUGUUGUAUAGCCGCCUUUCAGAAAUCAUCUAGUCAUCUACAAUAUGCAGGGAGAUGUAAGGGAGUAGAUAGUUUCAUAGCCAAAUGUUGGUGGCAAAUUCAAUCUAGUAUGCAGUCCACAUGCACAUGGAUUUUACAGCAUGGCUCAAGAAUCUAAAUAUUGUAGGUGUACAUGAAUCUAUAUAAAA